CCGGUUCGGUGGCCUGUUUUGGUCUACUCAGUGAGCAAGGGGCGCUCAGAAAGUUCCCCUGCAUCUGGGCCAGAGAGGCUCAAGAGUUUGAAGGACCUGCUUGCUGAUCGGAGGACCCAUCGAUCCAAGAAUAAGCGAAGCGCACGAUGGCCAGCACGGCGUGCUUCGUGAUUGUUGGACGCAACGAUUGCCCCAUAUAUGAAAGCGAGGUCGGCACAGCGCCAAAGAAAGACGAAGCAACGCAUUUGCAUCAGUUUAUCCUUCACGCAGCUUUGGAUAUUGUUCAAGAUGUCGUCUGGACCACCAAUGGCAUGUUUUUGAAAGUGGUGGACAAGUACAACGAAUUGCUUGUUUCAGUAUAUGUUACUGCCGGUCACACCCGACUGAUGCUCCUGCACGAUUCAAGGAAUGAAGAUGGAAUCAGAAACUUUUUCCAGGAGGUGCACGAGCUGUACAUUAAGUUGCUUCUAAAUCCUCUCUACGUUCCCGGAUCAAGAAUCACAUCACCUUUCUUUGAUACAAGGGUGCGAGCUCUCGCAAGGAAGUACUUAUAAAGGCUCAUUUCUAGCGAUCUUGUCAUGUCUUCAAAAAGAUGGAUUUUGUUGUGAUCGAUGGAAAGGGCUGAAGGUUUUUAGCAGAAGCUGCUUAGCUGCUCAGAAAGUUUGGCCGAGAACAUAUGUUUCAUUUACUCAGUCGGAUGGCGAACCUUCUGAUUUCAUAUCUUCGUGCCCUUAACAGGAGUACAUUUGGAUGUGUACCGCUCACCUUUUGCUUCUUGAAUGUAGAAUUUGUUUGCGGUCAGAUUCUGGUUAGAUGGCCAAAUAUUCAUAUGGUUUAGCCACCCACUGCUGAGCAAAAUUCAGCUGCUCAUUUUCCAUGUUGAUAGUUUUAGAGAAGCAGGUGUACAGUACACAUUUAGGUGAAGGGAUUAUUGUCCUGCGCACGGACGACACUUGAGUAGAUCCUGAUAACGCGCAGAUUACAGUUAGGUCACCAAGAAAGCAAUGCUAAUCUUCUUUGCUGUGCAAUGAAGAAUUUGUUGUGACAUUCAGAAUUAUUGAUGGUACACUAUAUCAAGUUUUCAGUUCGUAGUUGCUGGUUUGUGUUACUCAGGGCUCCUGUGCGCAAGUCAAUAUUCUAAUUCAUCAGUGCACCUUUCUAUGAG